CUUGAUAAUGAAUAUAAAUUGCAUGUAUUAAGUAAAUACAAAUAAUCAACAUUGUAUCUCCGUAUAAAUGACUGAUUAACAUACCGUUUUUCACUAUUUAAUGGAAAAAAACUCACAGCUGUUAUUACUCGACGUCGAUAAAAUUUCACGACAUGACAUUAAAAUUAAUAUUGAAAAUAUUAAUCUCAAUCUCUCUGAUAUCACUAAUCAACAGCAAAUCUGUAACACUGCCCGGAAAUUGUGCAACUCCUUGUACAGGUGGCAAACAUGAUAUUUGUGUCUCCUGUGCCAAUAAUUGUGAAAAGACAUGUUGGGAUCCGGAUGGCCCAGAUUCUUGUUCUGCUGAAGGCAAAUUAAAUUCAUGUGAAUGUCAGCCUGGUUACGUCCGUGGACCUGAUAAAAAAUGUAUAUUACUUCAAGAUUGUCCCUCAAACUUUUCUAAAAUCAAGCAAAAGUGUCCACCUUGCAUGGGUGGUCCUCAUGAUAAAUGUGUUACAUGUGCUAGUGGAUGUCCUUUGACUUGUCAAAGUUUACCAACUCCCGCUGUUCACCGUUUUUGUACACAGCCUUGCAAAAAAAAUUCAUGUGAAUGCGAAUACGGAUAUGUACGCGACAAUCUUGGCUGGUGCAUCAAAUCUGAAUACUGUCCAAACUUAAACGAUGAUAGCAGUUAUUAUUAUGAUGAUUAUUAUUGAAAAUAUCGUUCAUUUUGGAAUUUCAUUUGGAAAACUGUAUUUAGACACUUUUUAUUUAACCGAGACUAUAUAUAAAAAGUUAAAAUAUAGGAUUAAAAUCUAAUACAAGUGAUUUAAUCUAAAGAAAAGUAAACUGAAACCAGAUUAGAUAAAAUCUGUCGCCUCAGGUACUAAUUCUUAGAGGUGAAAUAGAAGAAAAGUGUCAGUGUCUAAAAUAAUAAAAUCAUUAUAAAUAGUGUUACUGAACAAACAUAAUAAUACGACUGGCGUGCUCUGGCACGCGCUUGGCAGGUGUUUAUAUUAUUCUAGCUAUUUAAUGCUACGCACUGCUACCCGCACGAUUACAAAGAUAAAAUUCAACUCGCUGUAAUUAUUACCGUCUAGCUUACGUAUAACAUGUGCAAUCAACGGAUUUUCAAUUUUGACGUAGUAUUUUUUUUUUUUUAAUUUAGUAAAGUGUAUUUUAGAAAACAUUUUUCCAUUUUAUAGCAUCAGUUUAUUAUUUAAUUUCAAACUAAGAACAAUUUUUUAACCAGAAUUUAUUUAAAAAAAAUAAAUAAAUAAACGAUCUACAUAUUUAUUGUAUCACCCAUGAAUAUUUAUUGCAGUCACGUGGCGGGCACACGCUUACAACUUCAUCCUAACAACAAACUUCCGUCACUUUUCCAAGCCGGAAAUGAAUUAAUGUUACUAAUAAAACCAAAAAAGACUAUUUAAUAUGUAAUACGAAUAUCACACCUGGUGUUUUUUACAUAACAUAAAUUUCUGACUUUUUGUAAUUAAAAGGUCAUACUGACUUUUUAUUUUUGUGGAAUUAUUCUUAUACGCUUAUAUUUUA